CUUACAUAAUCUCCCACUCAUCAAAAAAAAAAGUCAAAAUAAAGAUGUCUGCUCUUAACUACAACCCCUCCACCUAUGAGAUUCCCGGCAAGAACACCCUCAACCACGGUGUCCUGUUGAACAAGAAAGAUGACCUCAAAAUUGUCGAGCUCCCCAUUCCCAUCCCUGAAGAAGGUGAGGUCCAGAUUCAGGUCAAGGCCACUGGUAUCUGCGGUUCAGACAUCCAUUUGUGGAAGUAUGGAGAGAUCGGUAUCUUCCCUGUAACUACCCCUCAGCUGCUCGGUCAUGAAAGUGCUGGUGUGGUUACUGCUGUCGGAAAGGGUGUUGACACCUUGAAGGUUGGAGAUCGCGUUGCAGUUGAAGCUGGUAUUCCUUGCUCCAAGUGUGAUCAGUGCAUGAGCGGUAGAUACCAUCUCUGCCCCACUGUCAUCUUCAAGUCCACACCUCCUCAUCACGGUCAGUUGGCCAAAUACAUCACCCACCCCGCUCGUUGGUUGUACAAGAUUCCUGACAAUGUCACUUACGAGCAAGGUGCCCUGUUGGAGCCUCUUUCUGUUGCCAUCUCCGCCAUUGAACGCGUUGGUGUCAAAUUUGGUCGGUCACUCCUGAUUACCGGCGCUGGUCCUAUUGGUCUGAUUGUCCUUGCCGUAGCAAAGGCUACUGGUAUCAGCCCCAUCAUGAUCACCGAUGUCCAGCCCUCGCGUCUCGAGUAUGCCAAGAAGAUGGGUGCUGACUUUGUUUAUCAGGUCGAUCCCAAGCGCAAGGAUGUUGAGAUUGCCAGAGAAAUCCGGGACAUUUUUGGCGGUGAGGGUGCCGAGUACUCAUUGGAGUGCACUGGUGUAGAGUCUUCUUUCCGUACUGCCAUCAUGGCCACCAAGGACGCUGGUGUGUGCUGUCUUGUCGGUGUAGGCAAGAACGAUCAGCUUCUCCCUGUCAACAACUUUGCCAUGCGUGAAGUCGAUAUCCGCGGUCUCUUCAGAUACCAUCACACUUACCCUCGUGCUAUUGCCUUGAUGGCAAGUGGAAAUCUGAAGAUUGACCAUUUGAUUACCCACAGAUUUGACUUUAAGGAUGCCCUUAAGGCCUUUGAUACCACUGCCGACUACUCUACCGGUGCCAUCAAGGUCCAGAUCCUCAAUUAGACGGCUCCUACAUUUAUCCAUUAGAAUUGCCUGAUUCCUUUUUUGCUCUUCUUCUGUUACUAUUGUAAUAAUCAGACGAUUCCCAAUUUUACUAUAUUCUUAUUUUAUUUUGUUUUGUACACUUUCUUUUUCACACCUCAUUUAAUAUGUUUUCCUCAUUUUUUGCUUGCUAAAUUAUAUAAAAAUAAAACCUAAAGACCUUUUAUAAUCUUUAACACUAUAAAAGCUAUACAUACAUAUAUAUACAUGUAUAUAUAUAUAUAUAUAUGUGUGUGUGUGCGUGCGCUUGUGCUUGUGCUUGUGCUUGUGCUUGUGCUUGUGCUUGUGCUUGUGCUUGUGCUUGUGCGUGUAUGUGUAUGUGUAUGUGUAUGUGUAUGUGUAUGUGUAUGUGUAUGUGUGCGCUUAUGUGUUUCUGUGAUUAUUUUAUUUUUACUUUGAAAACAUAAAUAAAAUAAGAAAUAUAUAUCU